AUAUAUGUACCUACAAUGUAACCACAAAAUUAAAAAUUAAAAAAAAAAACAUACAACCCUUGCAUCAGAAAACAUCACAAAAGAAUCUAGUGAAAAACUGAUUUCACAUAUGCAAGUACACAGAUUUGUUUCAGACAAUUUCAGGGUGUUUGUUACUUCUGAAAACCAAUCCAUGAACAUCAGAUUAAAAUUCUUAUUCACUGUCUUUUCAUCUGUACUGGUUGUUAAUUAUUUGAGGCAAUAAAUAUAAAUUUAUUACACUUCUAUAUCUAAAGUUCUUUAAAAAUGACCUAUUAUUUUAAUUACUGUUACCUUUUUAAAUGAAUGCUAACUGUAAAUGCUGUUUUUAUCUACUUGAGCAGCAAUAUAAUGCUAUCAGAACAUAUUAAUAUGAUUUUCUUUUUAGAUACAGGUUUAUUUUUUCCAUCUUUCAACGGGAAUUCCUAUUUAGAACUGCCCUUUUUGAAGUUUGACCUGGAGAAGGAACAUAACAGAACUGUUACCAUCUACCUGACUAUAAAAACAAACAGUUUAAAUGGAACUAUUCUUUACAGUAAUGGGAAUAAUUUUGGAAAGCAGUUUCUUCAUUUAUUUCUUGUGGAAGGAAGACCCUCAGUUAAAUAUGGAUGUGGAAAUUCUCAAAAUAUUUUAACUGUUUCUGCUAAUUACAGCAUUAACACAAACGCAUUCAUCCCUAUCACAAUACGCUACACAAUGCCUGUUGGGAGUCCUGGAGUUGUUUGUAUGAUUGAAAUGACUGCAGAUGGAAAACCUCCAGCACAGAAGAAAGACACAGAGACUUCCCAUGCCUCUCAGGCAUAUUUUGAAUCAAUGUUCCUUGGUCAUGUUCCUGCAAAUGUUCAAACUCAUAAGAAAGCAGGUCCUGUUUAUGGGUUUAGGGGCUGCAUUCUAGACCUUCAAGUAAACAACAAAGAAUUCUUCAUCAUCGAUGAAGCACGACGUGGAAAGAAUAUUGAGAAUUGUCAUGUCCCUUGGUGUGCUCAUCAUCCGUGCCGCAAUAAUGGCACCUGCAUCAGUGGUAGUGAAAACCUGUUUUGUGAGUGUCCAAGGCUGUAUUCAGGCAAGCUGUGCCAGUUUGCAAGUUGUGAAAAUAACCCAUGUGGAAAUGGUGCCACCUGUGUUCCAAAAUCCAGAACAGAUAUUGUCUGCCUCUGCCCAUAUGGGAGGUCUGGACCCCUCUGCACUGAUGCUAUUAAUAUUACUCAGCCCAGGUUCAGUGGCACAGAUGCCUUUGGAUACACUUCAUUCCUGGCUUAUUCACGGAUCUCAGACAUCAGCUUCCAUUAUGAAUUCCACCUGAAGUUUCAGCCAGCAAACCACCAUUCAGCAUUGCAAAAUAACUUGAUAUUUUUUACUGGACAGAAAGGCCAUGGGUUGAAUGGCGAUGACUUCCUGGCUGUGGGCCUGCUCAAUGGCAGUGUGGUUUACAGGUAUAACCUGGGGUCUGGCAUAGCAAGCCUUAAGAGCGAGCCCCUCAAUCUGAGCCUUGGAGUCCACACUGUUCAUCUGGGGAAGUUCUUCCAAGAGGGCUGGCUGAAGGUAGAUGAUCAUAAAAAUAAAUCCAUUAUCGCCCCAGGAAGAUUGGUUGGUCUCAAUGUCUUCAGUCAGUUUUAUGUAGGUGGCUACAGCGAAUACACUCCAGAUCUCUUACCAAAUGGAGCAGAUUUUAAAAAUGGUUUUCAAGGUUGUAUUUUCACUCUUCAAGUUCGCACUGAGAAGGAUGGCCAUUUCAGAGACCUGGGAAAUCCUGAGGGCCACCCAAAUGCUGGACGCAGUGUUGGCCAGUGUCAUACUUCUCCCUGCAGUUUAAUGAAAUGUGGCAAUGGUGGGACAUGCAUAGAGAGUGGAUCUACUGUUUACUGCAACUGUACCACUGGGUGGAAAGGAGCAUUCUGCACAGAGACAGUUUCCACCUGUGAUCCUGAACAUGACCCUCCACACAACUGUAGCAGAGGAGCAACCUGCAUUUCAUUACCUCAUGGAUACACCUGUUACUGUCCUCUAGGAACCACUGGAAUCUACUGUGAACGAGCUUUAUCCAUAAGUGAUCCAUCUUUCAGAAGCAAUGAAUUAUCCUGGAUGUCUUUUGCUUCCUUUCGUGUUCGAAAAAAGACACAUAUUCAAUUGCAGUUUCAGCCUCUUGCUGCAGAUGGUAUCCUAUUUUACGCUGCACAACACUUAAAAGCCCAGUCAGGUGAUUUUUUAUGUAUCUCUUUAGUGAAUGGUUCUGUUCAACUUCGAUACAACCUUGGUGACAGAACUAUCAUUCUAGAAACUCUCCAAAAAGUAACAACAAAUGGAAGUAUUUGGCACAUAAUAAAAGCAGGAAGAGUUGGUGCAGAAGGCUACCUGGAUCUAGAUGGGAUAAAUGUAACAGAAAAAGCCUCCACUAAAAUGAGUUCCCUGGACACAAAUACAGACUUCUAUAUUGGAGGGGUAUCUUUCUUAAAUCGUAUAAAUCCCAUGGCAAUAGAAAAUGAACCCAUAGGUUUUCAAGGCUGUAUCCGGGAAGUUAUCAUAAAUAAUCAAGAAUUACAAUUAACUGAAUCUGGAGCAAAAGGUGGUUCAAAUGUAGGUGACUGUGACGGGACAGCCUGUGGGUACAACACAUGCAGAAACGGAGGUAAAUGUACAGCAAAUGGCACAACGUUUUCUUGCAGAUGUUUGCCAGAAUGGGCUGGAAAUACAUGUAACCAGUCUGUAUACUGUUUGAAUAAUCUUUGCCUCCACCAGUCUUUAUGUAUACCCGACCAAUCAUUUUCUUACAGUUGCCUAUGUACUUUGGGUUGGGUGGGAAGGUAUUGUGAAAACAAAACUUCAUUUUCAACUGCAAAAUUUAUGGGUAAUUCUUACAUUAAAUAUAUUGAUCCAAAUUAUAGAAUGAGAAACCUCCAGUUCACUACUAUAUCCUUAAAUUUCAGUACUACCAAAACAGAAGGUCUCAUUGUAUGGAUGGGAAUAGCUCAAAAUGAAGAAAAUGAUUUUCUGGCAAUUGGUCUCCAUAAUCAGACCUUGAAAAUAGCAGUUAACUUAGGAGAAAGAAUAUCUGUGCCUAUGAGCUAUAACAAUGACACAUUCUGUUGUAACAAAUGGCACCAUGUAGUUGUAAUUCAAAAUCAGACUCUUAUCAAGGCCUACCUAAAUAACAGUCUAAUUCUUUCCGAAGAUAUUGAUCCACAUAAAAAAUUUGUUGCUCUAAACUAUGAUGGUAUUUGUUAUCUAGGGGGCUUUGAAUAUGGUCGAAAGGUAAAUAUCAUUACUCAAGAGAUUUUUAAAACCAAUUUUGUUGGCAAAAUUAAAGAUGUUGUGUUUUUUCAGGAUCCAAAAAAAAUUGAACUAAUUAAAUCAGAAGGAUACAACGUUUAUGAUGGAGAUGAACAAAAUGAGGUUACAUAA